AUGUUUGCCCUUACGCCACUCUACCUUACUACCCUUCAUCCAUCGUUUCCCUAUCUCCCAUACAUCCAUCUACAUCCCUAUUCUCCGCUUCCCCUCUCUGCCUUUUACCCUUCGACCUCCUUUCUCCUCUCUGCCUUUCACCCUUCGACGCCCUUUCCCCUCUCUGCCUUUCACCCUUCGACCCCCUUUCCCCUCUCUGCCUUACACCCUUCGACCCCCUUUCCCCUCUCUGCCUUUUACCCGUAUUCCCCUUUCAUAUCUCUUCCUUACUCCCUUCUUCCCCCUUGUCCGUCUCUGCCUUACGCCCUUUUUCCCCUUUACGCCACUCUGCCUUACUCCCCUUCCUCCACCUUUCCCCUAUCUCCCUAUCCUCCUUCUUCCCCCUUUUCCUCUCUACGAUUCACCCUUCUUCUCCUCUUCCCCUCUCGCGUUGCACCCUUCUUCCGCCUUUUUGCUCUGCCCUACACCCUUCUUCCACCGUUCUCUCUCUUCCUUAUACCCCUCCUCCCGCUUAUGCCACUCUGCCUUUCUCCCUACUUCCCCCUUUUCCCUCACUUCCUAACACCAUUCUUCCCCCUCUCCCCCCUCUGCCCUACAUCUUUUAGCCCCUUUUCCCCACUAUUCCUAACUCCCCUUGUUUCCCCUUUCCCCUCCUUGCCUUACAUCCUUCUUCCCCCUUUCCCUCUUUACCUUUCACGAUUUUUCUCCCUUUUUCUCGCUGCCUACACCCAUCUUUCCUAUAUCCCCUCUCUACUAGACACUCUUCUUCCCCCUAUCCCCUCUCUGCCUUUCCCCUCUCUGCCUUACACCUGCUUCUCCCAUUUCCCUGACUUCCCUUCUUCCACCUUUCCCUGGCCCCCCCUUACCCCCUUCUUCCCCCUUCCCCUCUCUGCCUUUCACCCUACGUCUGCCCUUCCCUUCUCUGCCUUACACCCUUCUUCCGCCAUUCCCCUCUCCGCCUUACACCCUUGGGGGGGGGGCUUUGACCCUUCUCUGCCAUACGCCAUUUCCCCCCCUUACGCCAAUCUGCCUUACUCCCCUUCUUCCAUUUUUUCCCUAUCUCUCUUACUCCAUCUUCCCCUUUUCCCUCUCUUCCUUUCACCCUUCUUCUCCCCUUCCCCUCUCUUCCUUAUGCCCUUCUUCCCCCCAUUCCCUCUCCUCCUUACACCCUUCCUCUCUCUUACGCCACUCUGCCUUACCCCUGCUUCCCCCCAUUCCCUCACUUCCCUACAGCCUUCUCCCCCCUCUCCCUUCCACCCAUGCCCUCUCACGCUACUAUGUCCUUUCUCCCCUCGCGCCUCAAUCUCGGUCUCCCUCUGA